AUGAUUGACUACUAUCAGAAAGGAAAAUGGGAUCUCAUGAUUGACUACUAUCAGAAACAUUCCGAAUAUUUGCACUCUCCACUUACGGCCUCUAAGGAGACUGCAUUUCAUAUGGCUGUAAUUUCUCAAGAAAACAAAUUUGGAAAUACGGUUCUUCACGAAGCAACCAUCUAUGGCAAUAAUAAGGCUGUAAAACUCUUGGUAGAACGUUGUCCCGAGCUGCUUUCGGUUCCAAAUGAGUUCGGUGAAACCCCAUUGUUUACAGCUGCCGGAUUUGCUGAGACAGAAAUAGUGGAGUUUUUAAUCAGAUCCAAACCAGGACAACGCGUGGAUGAUGAUGGCCUCCUAUUACCAAUUCACCGCCAGAGAACGGUAGAUAGCAUGUCCAUCCUUAGCGCUGCUAUCAUAGGGCAAAACUUUGAAGCAGCUUUACUGUUGCUAGAACUGGAUAGAUCGCUCGCCAGCUUGAAGGACAAAAAAUCAAAUAUCUACUCUUCAACUUCUAGCCGAAAUGCCAGCUGCUUUUUUGACAGUGAAUUUCCCAUGGGC